UUAUAGAGGACACGCCUAUACAAAAGCAGACUGAAGGAAGUGCUCUUAUGGCAAACACGGAUGAGCCAGAAGAUACUCUCUCUGAAGCCACAAACCAGGAAAAUGCUGCUGAUGCAGAUUCCAGUGUGGGUGCAUUUGAUGAAAUACCAACUGUGAAACAAACCAGUGAGAUACAAUGGGAAUACCCCAGCAUGGGCACUGACUCACCCACCAAAGAUGUCCUUAGCACAUUGGUACCCCUGGCUGAUCAUCUUCUAUCGAAGCUAAUCCAGCAGCUUCCGUCCCUCAUCCCCAACAGUGAUGUGAGAGCACUUCUUUCUCGUAUGAUUAGGACCUUGGGAAUUGACUGCUCUGAUCCUGAUGUGCAGGCAGUCUGUUCUAAAUUCAUCCUCAGAACAGGCUACCUGAUGAAAGUUCUCAGUACACAGCAAGAAGCCAGUACAUCCAGAACUGACUGGGAUACAGACCAGUGGAAAACAAAGGACUACCUCAGUGACAACACAGACGUUCAGAGUAAACAGAAGGGGCAGGAAUCAAGUGAGUUUACAGAAGAAGUUCCAGGAUCUGGUUAUAACAACAAGGACAUCUUGGCAGGAUCUCUGGCCACAGUACUGAUGAUUUUGAUUAUAAUUAUCUGUAUCAUUGAGAUUUAUUCCCACAGACGAACAACAGAGGAUGAUAGAGAAGGCUCCUCAAGGUUUAAUUCCAAAAUUAGAAUGCUGCACAAAAGGUCAAAUAAAGCGGUUGCAAAUUCAGGGAGCGAAUCCUUCGCCCUGCUGCCGGCGCUGCAGCGCGCUUAUCUUCACGCCCCGCCCCACCGCCGCCGCGAGCCCGCCGAUUAG